UUUUCCUUCUUCCCUCUUUCGUCUCUCCCCUCCUCUUCCCUUCUUCCUUGUUCAUACUUCAUAGUAUCAGUAGUAAGUUAUUUUCCUCUGUAAUUUAGCCUCGUUAGGGUUUUUCUUCCUCACUUCCUUCCUUCCAUGGCCGCCUCUAUCUCAACCUUCAACAUUCCUCUGCAAACCCGCCGCCGUAUCGUCCUCGGUCCGAGCAACCUCCCCCGUGACUUUCUUCCCCAAUUUUCGGCCAAUCGGACCGAGCAAUUCCGUUUCUCGGAAUCUCUAACCCUAAACGAUUGGAGCGGCAAAAGAAGGUUCCGAAUUUCGCCGGAACGCAAUGUGUUCGCCGGAGUGGAAGCCGACGGCGUGGAACAGAGCUACAAUUCGGUGGAGGACGAGCAAUUCGUGCGGUGGUUUCGCGAGGCCUGGCCGUAUCUCUGGGCCCACAGGGGAGGCACCUUCGUUGUCAUUAUCUCCGGCGAGAUUGUUUCCAGCCCUCACUUGGAUCCCAUUCUCAAGGAUAUUGCUUUCCUUCACCACCUUGGGAUCAGGUUUGUUCUUGUUCCGGGGACUCACAUGCAAAUUGACAAGCUGCUCGCCGAGAGAGGAAGUGAGCCAAAGUAUGUUGGUAGAUACAGAAUUACAGAUUCUGAAUCUUUAGCAGCUGCAAUGGAAGCAGCUGGUGGGAUUCGUGUGAUGUUAGAGGCAAAGCUUUCUCCCGGACCCUUCAUCUGCAAUAUUCGACGACAUGGUGACAAUAGUCGUUUGCAUGAAGUUGGUGUCAGUGUUGCCAGUGGCAACUUUCUUGCAGCCAAGAGAAGAGGAGUUGUUGAAGGUGUUGAUUAUGGGGCGACAGGUGAAGUUAAGAAAGUGGAUGUGGCUCGCAUGCGCGAGAGGCUUAAUGGUGGUUGUAUAGUUAUAUUGAGCAACCUUGGCUAUUCUAGCUCUGGAGAGGUUUUAAAUUGCAACACAUAUGAAGUUGCAACAGCUUGUGCAUUAGCUAUUGAAGCGGACAAGCUUAUUUGCAUUAUAGAUGGUCCAAUUGUGGAUGAAAGUGGACGGCUUAUUCGGUUCUUGACCCUGCAAGAAGCAGAUAAGUUAAUCCGUAAACGGGCCAAGCAAAGUGAAAUAGCUGCUAGCUAUGUGAAGGUUGUCGAUGAAGAAGAUCUUUCUUGCCUUGGACAUAAUGGCUCUAUUGCCUCUCAACAGAAUGGGAAGGCUCUUAGGGAAAAACACAGUGCAAUGUUUCAGAAUGGUGUUGGUUUUGAUAAAGGAAAUGGCGAACAGGGUUUUGCUAUUGGAGGUCAGGAGCGGCUAAGUCGACAAAAUGGUUACCUUUCAGAAUUGGCUGCUGCAGCUUUUGUUUGUAGGGGAGGUGUUCAGAGAGUUCAUUUGUUAGAUGGCACUAAAGGAGGAGUGUUGUUGUUGGAAUUAUUUAAAAGAGAUGGAAUGGGGACAAUGGUGGCUAGCGACGUUUAUGAAGGUACCCGGAUGGCUAGGGUGACGGAUCUCUCUGCAAUAAGAGCAAUUAUAGAACCUUUAGAAGCAUCUGGCACAUUGGUUCGCCGAACUGAUGACGAGCUACUUGGAACAUUGGAUUCUUUUAUUGUCGUGGAAAGAGAAGGCCAGAUUAUUGCUUGUGCUGCUCUUUAUCCCUUCGUAGAGGAGAAAUGUGGAGAGGUUGCUGCUAUUGCUGUUUCCCCUGAAUGCCGUGGAGAAGGGCAGGGAGACAAAUUACUAGAUUACAUUGAGAAGAAGGCAUCUUCGCUUGGGCUGGAGAAGCUUUUCCUGCUUACAACCCGAACUGCAGAUUGGUUCGUAAGGCGCGGGUUCUCAGAAUGUUCAAUUGAGUCAAUACCCAACAAACGAAGAAAAAGUAUCAACCUGUCCCGUAAUUCCAAGUAUUAUAUGAAAAAGCUCUUACCUGAUACCAGUGGAAUCACAAUUAACAGCAUUCGUUAAAAAGAUAAAAGGGCCAUUUUAUAGGAAUUAGUAACGUGUUACACAGGACUUGUGGAGGCUGCAUAGAAAGCCUAGAAAAUAGGUAUCUAUCAACCUAAUGUACUUCGUUGUUGAAAAAAAUACAAAGCACAACGUGGUUGCGGAUCUCACAUCGUCGUCUCUCGCUCGUGCCUGCUCAUUAUUUUGAGCUUAGUUAUGUUGUAUUACAUAUGAACAUUACAUUGUUCUCGUUUACAAUUUGAGUUUAUUCUCAAAUGGCAAUUUUGGAAGAUGUGUGAUUUUAAAGACGAUCUCAAAAUUUUGGUAGGUAACUUACCCAAGUUACCGCCACCUUCACUUAUGUCUCGAGUGUAAUUUACCAUCCAGUUCAAAGACAUGUCAGCUUUUAA